GUCAACACCUACUCCGAAGAGCUACAAACAAACUGUUUUGAAUAUUUUACACCAAAAUACAGAAAGAGCACCUCAACCUCCGUCACGAAGAUGGACAGAGCAAUGGUUAACUGUACUGCAGAGGAUGCAACAUUUAACCUUUUGGGGCAAACACCCACACUGUUUCAGUGGCCUGUAAAUUGUGUCCCCACAGUAGCAGCAGCAGCACCCAUCAUUCAUCCUGCUGCUCCUUCAAACCUAUAUAACAAUGUGCUCAAUCUCCCGAAUUACGUGGUGGAGUACCUCCGUCCUAUGGGAGAACUGAACGGAGUCUUGGUGUCUGACUUUGCGUCCUUUGCUCCUCCGCUCCGCACACCCGCUCCAAAAAAGAGGAAGCGUGAUGGCCACCAGGAUGAGGACAGGCCGUACGUUAAAAAGCCCCCGAACGCCUUCAUGCUCUUUUUGAGGGAGCAGAGGGAAAACGUGAAGGCAGAAUUGAAAAUAAACGGGAGUGCGGCUGUGAAUGCAGCCGUGGCAGAGAGGUGGAAGUCCCUGUCAAAGGACCAACAGGACAAAUACUAUGAGCAGGCCAAUGAGGAGAAAAUGCUCCAUAGCCAACAACAUCCAGGCUGGUCUACUAAAGACAAUUAUGGCAAAAAGAGGAUGAGAAUUCGGGGCGCGCCCUGCAGCAGAGCAUCUGCACCUAAACCUGCGCAGGAACCUGAACAGGCCAAGUGGCCAAGUGUGAACGUGCCUGCGUAUGGCACGUUCCACUUGCCGCAAGUAAAUCACGUCCUCCCUACAGCUCAUACAAACCCCCCUGCAUCUACAUCAUACUCUCCUUAUGUUUACCCCUGCAUUGGUCCUGCUACUCCUGUGGAUUCCCCUCCAUCCACAGUUGUAAUAACUGAACCAAUCGCCACCUUCACUGGCGACACUGCUGAAGACCUCUUAUCAGCACUUGAACACCUCGAUCCCCUUCUUCCUGCUCCACUGCCUCAGGAGCCUGUCUUCCUUUACUCAGACCCUGGCUCGGGUCCUGCUACUCCUGUGGAUUCCCCUCCAUCCACAGUUGCACCAACUGAACCCAUGGCCACGUUUGUCGGUGACACUGCUGAAGACCUGUUAUCAGCGUUUGACCACCUCGAUGCCUUUCUUCUUGCUCCACUGCCUGAGGAGCCGGUCUUCCUUCACUCAGACCCCUGCUUGGGUCCUGCUCCUCCUGUGGAUUCCCCUACAUCCACCCUGCUGGCCUCACCAGUCUUAACAAUCAAACCCAUGUCUGCCUUCUUCUGCGACCCUGAAGAAGACCUCUUGGCACUGCUGAAAUAGAUCAGUCCCUGUGCUUUUGCUACAGAGCCUCAGCAGUCCACUGUUCAUGCUACUGGAGACUUUAAUGAAUUUAUAAUUUAGCGUAACUGAACUUUUUUUUUU